AUGUCGAGCAGCAGCGCAGCAAGCAAGCGUCCCAGCGACCAGGAACUCACCCAGACCUACAACUCCAUGAAGUCCGAACUCAACCAGCUCGCACAAAAGAUUGGAGAACUCGAGACCGAGGCCGAUGAACACACACUUGUCGUGGACACAAUCUCGCCUUUGGAUGGAGACAGGAAAUGCUUUCGUCUGGUCGGAGGUGUUCUCGUAGAACGUACCGUCAAGGAGGUCCUCCCCGCAUUGAAGACCAACCAGGAGGGCAUCAGGACGGUGACGAUGCAGCUGGUUCAGAAGUACAAGAACAAGGAGGACGAGUUCAUGGCAUUCCAGAAGAAGUACAACAUCCAGGUCAAGAACUAA